CUCGAAGAAACGCGCGCGCGCAGCGGAUUUCCGCACGAUUUAUCAUUUAGUUGUUUCGCGAAAUCCAUAGGUUUUGUUUAUAAAUGUGAAAACUGCUAAGGCACAUCUGAAUGAUUUCAUUAGUGAAGUCAAGGCGAUAAAAGGCCUCGAAACCAAUAAUAGUUAUCAUUAUUCAUUCAGUUCUUAAGAUAUUUCCAUCCAAGAACUUAUUGGUUUAUGAUCAUAACGAUUAAUUACUCAAAACAUUAAAAGACUCAUUACAUUCUGUUAUAUUUAUUGAUAGAAAAAUAAUAAAACAUAACGAUUGUAAUAAAAACGGUCGCUUGUGUGUAAGUGUUAAGUAAAUAUUGUGUUAACAACAAUAAAAAGUGAUAAUGUCAAAAGUUCAAGAUGUAGAGUUCAAGCCGAGAGAAACAUGGAGGAUUGUUAAAAACGUCGUCGUCAUCAGCAUCGCGUUUAUGGUUCAAUUCACUGCUUAUAGUGGUGCUGCAAAUCUCCAAAGUUCCAUUAAUGCGGAAGCAGGACUAGGCACUGCUUCGUUAGCUGCGGUGUAUGCGGGUCUGAUCUUCUCCAAUAUAUUUUUGCCUGUGGUUGUUAUCAAAUGGCUUGGCACAAAAUGGGCAAUGUCACUAUCUUUCAUUACGUAUAUGCCAUAUAUAGCGGCUCAAUUGUGGCCGCGAUUCUACACAAUGAUUCCGGCUGGGCUGAUCGUUGGACUAGGCGGCGGGCCGCUGUGGUGCGCGAAGUGCACCUACCUCUCCGUGGUGUCCGAAGCGCACAGCAAGAUAUCCAACAUUUCAGCGGAGGCCUUAUUGGUUCGCUUCCUUGGCUUAUUUUUUAUGAUUUUCCAAUUAAAUCAAGUUUGGGGGAAUCUGAUAUCGUCAUUAGUUAUCUCAUCAGGUGAUAAUUUAGCUGCCGUAACAGCAGUGAAUGCCACGAUGAUACCAAAGCUCUGCGGAGCCAACUUCCUUCCAAGUGCUGAUGCUGGGGAGGCCUUGCAACAGCAGCCACCUGAAAAGAUUCAGAUGAUUGCGGGUAUUUAUUUAGUGUGUAUGGCUGGUGCGGCUCUUAUUGUUGCGGUCGGAGUUGAUUCCAUGAAGAGAUAUAAAUCCGAUCGCAACGAAACUGGGUCGGGGUUGUCAGGAAUCGCCCUGCUGGUGGUGACGCUGAAGUUGCUGGUGGAACCCAACCAACUCAUGUUGGUUAUCAUCAACGUGUUUGUAGGCAUGCAACAAGCUUUCUUCGGUGCUGAUUUUACUGCGGCUUUCGUGUCUUGCUCCAUAGGUACAGGCACCGUUGGCUUUGUUAUGAUGACUUAUGGAUUAGCGGAUGCCUUAGGAUGUGUCGUAACUGGAUAUUUGGCCAAAGUGACAGGUCGGCUACUUUUGAUAUGCGUAGCUCUAGUAGCUCACUGCGGGUUGUUCGUGACUAUAUUAUUUUGGAGUCCACAAGCUCACCAGUCGUACGUCGUGUAUAUCAUUGCUGUAAUUUGGGGAAUAUGCGAUUCAAUCUGGCUCGUGCAAAUUAACGCGUAUUACGGUAUUCUGUUUCCCGGCCGAGAGGAAGCAGCGUUCUCAAACUUCAGACUUUGGGAAUCAGUUGGCUAUAUCAUAGCUUACGUCAUAUCUCCUUACAUGAGAACAAGUGCUAAGACUUACCUAUUAUUAGCAAGUAUGAUUGUAGGUGUUACAUUCUACUUCAUAGUCGAAUACAGGGACAGGAAAGCUAAGUCAUUAUCUAAGAAAUUGGAAAUAACUCAAAUAUCACCAACGAAGUAUGUUGGAGGCCUUGAUAACACGGCUUAUCAAAAAGCUGAAUAAUAAACUACAAAUAUUUAGUUCAUUGACCUACAGGAUAAAUUAAGUAUAAUACGGUAUAUUUUGUAAGCUGAUAUGAAUUUAUUAUAUUGACAACCAGGGCAGGCAACCUGGCUAACAAAUAGAUUUGGGGUUGGCGGCUCGUGAGAGUACCCAUGAUUUAAAUAUUUUAGCUAGUAAGACUUUUUGAUUUAACUAAUGAAACUUAGAUAUACCAGUUGAUUUAAUAUAAGAAUAAGGCAUUGUUUUAAGCUGUGUAUGUAUUAAAAUUACGUUAUGUUCAUUUUAUAUAUUUGUUAAUUUAUUAGUAUUAGUAAUAUUUUUUGUUGUAAAAUGAAGACAGAUUGAUCUUAGUGUUUUGACUAUUAUUAUAUGACGUUUUAAAACGUAAAAAAAUUAACAACAAUUUCGACUAUUGUUAUAAAAUUACUUGUAUAUCAUGUGUGCGUAUUAUGAACAUAUACUAGAAUACAUAAAAUAAACGUACGCUAAUUUAAUUUAUGUUAUGAAAAUAGUUAUGUUUUGUGUGUUCAAUCCGGCUUUCGGUAGAUUAGGUAAAGAUAUAUGCCAACACUUACAUUUAUACAAUUAUUUUGAUCAACAAAAAUCAAGCCUAAUACGCUUAGGCCUAGCGAGGCUCACUGUUGUAAUUAUUUAUGUAUAUAAAUUUAAUAAUAUUUGCGAACCAUUUCCUAUUAUUUCAAGUUUUUACAAAAUUCCCUUUUUAAUAUAUUUUUUCAAUAUAUAUGACAUAAAUUUUCUUCAUUAAAAUUCUUCUACUAUUAAUUGGGCACGAAUAAUUUCGUGUUUGCCUAAAUGACGUUAAAUUUAAUGAACGCCUUACUUAAUGAUUUUGAUUAAAUGUUAUAUAUUAUAAUGAACUUAUUUGUUAAUGUACAUUCUUUUAAUAAUAAUAAUUGUCAACGAACAAUCGCCUCCAACUUUUUUCGAAGUAGUAAAUAUUUCACUGUUUGUGAUAUUGCUAAUAAAAAUAAACAGUAACUAUCUUGUAAUAUCUCGUUGGGUACCUCUUUUAUUUAGAUCGUUUACCAAUGUUUAUUUGAAUAAAACUUCAUUCGGCACAUACAUAUUCUCACGCUUCACUCAUGAGAAUUUAAGAACCUGAUGUUUUUGUUUAAGAUAGUUUUUUUCAUGUCUAGCAAAUAUAUUUUCUCAGCAAAAAUACGUAAGAUCUCAAUAUGGUUUCAAUUUCAAAGCUAUAUAUUCCUUAUGUAAUUAAAUACGAAUAAUACAUUAGCGAUCCGUUACAAUUUCAAUGCGUUACCGACCUUGGGAAUUAAGAUGUCAAAGAAGUUAUGUCCCUUGUGCCUGUUACACUGUUCCAACAAUACCACGUAUUGCUGAUGGCGAUGAAAGUGUGAUUAGUGGGAGGUACCUACCCACACGGGCAUGAACAAAGCCCUAUGACACCAAGCUUAAAAAAGUUUAAUUAUUUCAUGUAAAUAAAUUAUUUAUUGUUUGACGUCAAAGCUAUGUUUAAAUAAAACAAGUUUAUUUCGUUGUUGGUGAUCUAAUAGCAUUAAUAUAAAUUAUAAAGACACAGACAACAAAUGAUUAUACUAUUCAUUGCAUAUGUAAAGUUUAACAGAAUAUAAAUGUGAAAAAUAUUAUAAUUUUGUUACGAUAGAAUAUAUAUAAUAUUAUAAUGUGUUUUUUAAUUUAAUCUACUGUGAUGUGUUUUUAUCAUAAUUGUCUUGUUGUAAUUGUGUGUGUAAAAUAGAAA